UAUGUAUUGCCACAAAAGUGAUCACUGCCAAUUUGGCAAAUGCAAAUGUUCAAAUGGCUAUAAGAAAAGAGCCGAUCAGUGCUACAAAAUUUUACGUUAUGGAGAAAAAUGCGGACCAGGAUACGGCAUCUGCCCGGGAAAUUUCGCCUUAUGCUCUUUCAAAACAAACAGAUGCGACUGCCUUACUGAUGCCAAACCAGUUAGGAAUUCAAUUCAUUGUAUUGCUGUAAAUGAGACGCUACCGAAUGAAAGCUGUACCAAGUUUUGCACCGACGUCAGGUCUUAUUGUAAGAAUGGAGUUUGCUCGUGCUUUGAUCAGUACGCUCCUAGUUCAGAUGGUAAACGAUGCGAAAAAAGCAAAUAUCAUCGCAAAUGCGUAGGAGAUAGCCACUGCUUAAGAAAUAUGGUUUGCCUCUUCGACGAAUGCCACUGCAAAAAUCAAACAAUAUUUCUUAGAUCUAUAGGAAAGUGUGUGCAUAGGAAGGCUAAACUUUCUGCCGUGAAUGGCAGUUGUACUGUUCAUACGGAAAGACGCGAUAGUAGAGUUUGCGUUAAAGGUUCUGAAUGUUCAAUUUGUCCUCACAAAAAUUUUGGCAUUUGCAUAGCGAAAACAGUAUUGGAAGUAAAUGAUUCAAAUUACAAGAGUUGGGCAUUUAAAAACCUACCCCAUUGGCCUUUAAUCCUCUUUUUCCUUUCUUUAUUGAACCUAGUCUGA